UUUUGAUUUGUUAAUACUUAAUAUUUAAAAGAAAAUUUUUCUAAUGAUCCUUUUAUUUUGUUUUUGAGUCAUCGAAGUUGAUGGAAGAUGAGAACUUGUAUGUUUCCAAAUCGUGAAGGUGAUUACUAGUUUACUAGAUUAACAAGCAUCUCGGUCACUUCCUAAACGUAUUGAACUCGUCUGUGCAGGACGAGACAUUCCUGGUUUAUUGUUCACUUACGUGAAACCGUUAUUUACAUCCUAAUUUAGUUUGGGAACACUCGCCGUCAAUUGUCGAAGCAUUAAAGCAUCUUUGUCUUGUAAAAUAACAAGUUCUUUCCAAUCUUCUAGUUAACAAGUGUUUUACCAUACUCUCUCUUGUUCUGAUCCAUGCAAUAUGCCAAGUUUUGCUAGCUGUAGGUUUCAGAAAAAGCGAAUUUGAAGUAUAUUCGACUUGACGAUGUUGAAUAGCCCCCCCCCCAAUAAUAAACAUAAAAGUUAUAUACGCUUAGUAUUAUAAAAAAAAUCAAAAUAUGUAGGUUGCACGCUCAUGUUGAAAAUAUUUUCGCUUAUUACUUCUCAAUUAUAUCAUCCAUUGAAUUGCUUUAUGUUGCUUCUACAUCCUGCUUUUCCUCUGAACUCCUCGAAUUUAGUAGAUAGAAAUAAUUAAAGACCUACAGAGGUUGAUGUUCUUUCGACAGUUUAUAGGGUUUCCAAGCCGGUUAUAAUGUUGAGUUUACGAAGUAAUUAUCACACAUUAACAUUUGAUCAGAAGAGUACUGCAGUGUGAACGUUUCUUUUUGAUAUCGCCAUAUAACAAAAUCCACGGUUUCUUCACAUACUCAUUUUAGGUGUUAUUUGUUCCCAUUAUUAAAAUAGAUAAUGAACUUGGAGCAUGUAGCUUUUACCAUACAUCGCGAAGGUGAUAGAAAGCUAGAAAAGGAAAACGGAAUCCUGUAGAUGCGCUUGCAUAAUAGAUAAUUUAUUUAUUAUUCAGACGAUCUUUUCUUUCACAAAGGAAGCAAAUAUAAAUCUCUCAUUAUUUGGACGUAGGAUAUUUGGUAGACGGAAUUUACUUUCUGGUGUUUUUUAAGAUGUUGUGCCCUCCUAUCCGAUUGCGCGCUGUAAGUUAGCCUUCCGAAGAAUGUACUGCUUUCAUGUUGACUAGUGAGAAGAAAUCGGAGAAUGUUGGAUUCUGUGUCAUCAUCGGUCAUUCCUUUUGGCGUACAUUUAAUGGUCCCGAGUGUGAGCUUAAAGGAUCCUAAAUAACUAGUGAAUGGUCAUGAAGAAAUGCAUCUCGUGAUAAUUACACUUACGACUUCGAGGUACUUAUUGUAAACGACGACAGUCGUCUCUGUCAAAUCAUACCCAAAUCUUCAUUGCUGUAAAACCAAGAAGGUUUGUGGGAAGUAUUGGGACAAUGUUUUUAUUUACUCAUUUUUUUUAACAGUCCGGAGCUUUCGCAAAAUUCGAAGUGAUCCUCGUUCUUCUGCGUUUGGUUACUAUACAGGCUUUACUAGAUCUAUCCAUUCUUGGGAGGUCUAGGUUCAUCAAAUUUUACAUCCCAAGAAGUUUGGUUUAUCCCUCAUGUUCAGCGAGCUAAUCUUUGCGCAUCAUGUUGCUUUUCAAGUUCAUUCAGUUCUUUGUAAGAAUAACGAUAUCUAUUUUUACAUUCUGGGUUAUCAGCAUUCGCACGUUAUAGACUAUUUAUUCUUUUUCAUUUCGUUUGUGCCUAGAUGAUCAGCUCGUGAAAGAACUAAGUUGAUCGGAGAACUUCAAGCGAAAUCCGAUGUCCGAAUCCGCAAACUGUAGAUAUAAGCUGAACGAUGAAAUUUAUAAAAAGAAACAAUUAGAUUUCUCUAGCUACAAUCUUAUAAGUUUACAAAAACAUUUCUCCUUUGCAGACCUAACUUGGAACUUGCCUCGGAUAUUGGAAAUGGUUUUAGAACAAGAUAUUUUUGGUUAUAUACCAAAUAUAGUAUUAGCAGGAUUAGCCAUUGCUCUAUUUUUUAUUCCCUUUCUACUACAAAUAGGAGUGUUAAUAAAGUGGCGAAAAUCCAUAGUUUGGGUGCCACUGGUAGGAACGUUUGGAGAAAUCGCAGGUUGGAUAUGCAGAGUUCGUGCUCAUUCUCAUGUUCAGGGCUAUUCCGCAUAUAUCGGACAAUCUAUCAGCUUACUACUUGCGCCAAUCUUUUAUUCAGCUGUGUUAUAUGUCUUACUUUAUCGAUGGGCACUUAUUUACGGUCCUCAGUAUUCGCUUCUUCCGCCAAGGUUAUAUGUUGGUUUGUUUGUUACUGUGGAUGUAAUAGCUUUUCUCGUGCAAUGCGCCGGUGGAGGAUUAACCAGUGUCAACUCUUUAAGAAAUUUGGGGUUCAAUAUAGCUUUGGCGGGUGUCAUUUUCCAACUGGCGUUUACUAUUUUGUAUAUCCUAUUACUGAUUCUUUUUUUAAUUGGUGUACUCAAACAUAAACCAAUGCGUCGAACAGGUGCAUCUUCGGCGGGCUCACCAAGGACGAGAACGAACGACUUGGUAUUUUUGUGUUUGAUUUUAUCAACAGUAGCGGUUUUGGUCCGUAUUGUUUAUCGUACCAUUGAGUUCGCCAGCGGUCGUCAAAGCAAAGUUGCUACUACUGAACUAUGGUUUGCUUUGUUUGAUUUUGUACCAAUGAUUAUAACUGCAAGUUUACUCAUUCCUGCACUUUACCCUUGCCUAUACGAGCAAGAGUACAUACACUUUCCUCCAAAUUAUUUUUCGAGCAAUAUGCCUCGAUUGUCUGAAAAUGACGAAGAAGCCGCUAUGGAAAAAGUGGUGUAAGCAAAUUGGGUACCUUGUUGGUGUUAGUUUAAGGGUGACAAAUUCUAUUAGCUUGUCUUUGGAACAAGAACGUUACAAUUAAUGAUGUGAUGAAUGAAUGGAUAAUCAGAAAAUACUCAUAUACCACAUUAAUAUCAUUGAUAUGAUUUCAGUCAUUUGUUUUCUCCAUAAAGAUCGUACGGUGUAAAAUGCUGUUUUGCUAUGCCCAAUGCACUUGCGUCUGUCUAAACGUUUAUAAUUUUCAUACCUUAAAAGUUUAAAGUUUCAAUAGUUUUGUUUUUCAAACUCUUAUUUAUUGAUUUUGGGAGGCUUACGAUAGUCAAUUAAGGAGAGUCUAAAUACCCUUGUGAGUUAGAUAAGUCGAAGACAAGCUUGCUAUGAUGGUUGACCGUAAAACAUCAGGUUAAAAUUGGUCGAACGAUUUGCCCUUGAGCCGUCUGAAGAUUUAUACAGCAAAUUAAACAAAUGAGCUUUUUAUAAUAUAGAUUACGAAUGGUUACCAAAGAAUAGUAUUGGCAUUGAAGUCCGAACAAUGGCAUUGUGGGAUUGUAUUGAAUACGCAGACCCUGUAGUAAAUCGAAAAAACGCAGUAUUUAUAAAUUAGUGUUACCUAAAGUUGAUGAUUAACAGAACCG